AUGAACUCGACUACGCCUCUGUUGUCCUCCAGUGAGGCGUCCACAUCCUACAGCAGCCUGAUCGAAUUCCCUCCUCUGAUUCUCGAUAAUGGUCGGAGGCGAAGAGGGACAAAGAAGAGUUUGCGAGCCAAGAUACAGAUUCCUCUACUAUGCUACGCGCGUUUCAUGGUGACGAUGGCAUACUUCUCCAUCUUCCCAUACGUAGCUCUGAUGCUACAGCACAACAGUAGAUCACGGGCAAUUGAUAUCGGAGCCUACGUCGGCCUCUUUGAAGUACUCUUCCUGGCUGCGCAGGCUCUGACAUCGAUAUUCUGGGUCACCAUGGCAGACAGGUUCGGUGGUAAGACGAUACUUAUUUGCAUUCUUCUUGGCACGGCUAUCAGCUCAGUCACUUUCGGAUUUACUUCAUCGCUCUGGCAAAUGGCACUUUGCCGAUGCUUUAUGGGAAUUGUGUCAGGUGGCGACGUUGUCGUCCGCACCAUGAUUGGGAAACGGUGCAUGACGGAGACAGAGGCUACUUAUGGAUUCAACCUAUUUUCCUUUGCUGGAAAUAUUGGAAUGGCCUCUGGACUUGUUAUCAGUCAGGCUCUUGUCAAUCGUGUCAGCCACUACACGGCCAUUCUCAAAACCAGUUCAUUUAUUGAGCAACAUCCAUUUUGUCUCCCGGGAGUUACGAUUGGUAUCAUGAGCGCAGUUUGCGCCACUAUCGCUGCACUGCUCGCGGGGGAUACCAAACAAGAUGCCAACGAAGCCGCGGAUGAUACCUUAUCUAUGAGCUCACUGCAGCCAUCCUGGGCAUCUCUUCGCGAGCUGAUCGGGUCUCCUGGUGCUAGUAGCACAAUUUCGUCGUUUAUCAAUACAAGCCUUCUUGGGUCUGCUUUCACGGCCGUGACAAUCCUCGCAUUAUACACAGACAUCAGCCAAGGUGGCCUGGAAUUCUCAGCUUACGAAAUCACGGUGUACAUGAUCUGUCAGGGCGCUUUCGCAGCAUGCUGGCUGUUUAUGAUAUACACAGCUUUAUACCAACACUAUGGUACACAGAGAACCAUCUCAUCAAGCCCGGUUAUUUUUCCUUUUUGCUUUUUGAGUUUUAGCAUCAUGAAUGCAUUUAUUCGCUCCGGUAGCGAACCUGGUUUCUUCCUAUUUCGGGUCGUUUUUGGCAUGAUGACAGUCAUAGGGCCCGCUAUCUACAUGUCAGUUACGGCAGUCUACGUUGGCCUGCAAGAGGUGUCGCCCAAUCCUCGAGAGCUCGGCAUUCUGAUCCAUGCCGUUUGUAAUUACUAUAGUAUGACAGUUGGGUACCUCAACUGGGCUGUCUUAUUGCUGGCUGGGUUAUCUUUCUUCGUUUUGAUGUCUCCUACUUGUACGAAGGUUACACGAAGUUAA